CCUUCUCCGUCUACCACGAGAAACGAGCAUGUUCUUUUUGCUGAAAGAUCGACAGCAAUGAAACUUUCAUGCCCUACUUUUCUCCGCCCUCAAAGAAAUCGUCACUUCUCCUUUAAAAUUCCUCAAUCCGCCAUGGAUUUCUCUCCUUCUUCUCCGCAAUCUCAAUCAGCCUCAAAGCCGCCAUGGCCGUCGCGCCUUUCUCCUUAACAGACGAAGAUCUGACAAAAGAUGAGCCGCUGAAACUCCUAUCUCCGGCCAAUCCGACGCCGGAGGAAACAAUCUUCCUAUCGAACAUCGAUCUGGCGGUGGCGUUCACCGUCGAAACCGUUUACUUCUUCGAAGACGGUCCGGCGGCGGAGAUGUCGAAGAUGGUGAAGAGAGCGAUGGCGGUUCUUUUGGUUCCGUACUAUUUCUUGGCCGGUCGGCUUCAGGUGAACCGGGAGACUGGCCGAUUGGAACUGGUUUGUAACAAUGCCGGCGUUGUGUUUGUGAAUGCGAAAUCGAAGGUAAUGAUGAAGGAACUUGGGGAUUUGUCUCUUCCGAAUCCGAGUUUUUGUCAGUUUGUUCAUCGGCCUGGACUCCAUAGAAGCCUCCCGGAAAGAGCUCUGUUUACGAUUCAGGUUACAAAGUUCGCAUGCGGCGGCUAUGCGAUUGGAAUGGUGACGAACCACGGCGUUUUGGACGGCAAAUCCGCCGCAGAUAUGUUCCAAAACCUAGCCUCAAUCUGCCGCGGCCAAGGCCUCAAAACCCAAACCAUUUUCAACAAUAGAACAUGCUUCAAAGCUCGAAUCCCCCCUCUUAUCACACACCCUCACCAAGAAUACACUUGCAUUUCUCCAACUCAAAAACUCCCCUCCGCCUUCACCACCGUCACCAAGCUCUCCCCCUCUCCAGCGCCGCCAAUCGCCGUCGAAAACCGCCGUCAUACCGUUAUCCCUUUCUCCCCCUCCACCAUCGCUGCCCUAAAGCGUACCGCCGCUCCGUGUUCCACCUUCCAGGCCAUAUUGGCCCAGCUCUGGCGGGCCAGGACUCGAGCGGUUUAUACAGACCGGCCGGAUGAAAUCUCCAUGGUUCUCUUUGCGGUUGAUGUCCGGUCCAAGAUCCGCCCGGUUCUCCCCGAUGGGUUCGUCGGGAACGCAGUGGUGACUGGGUUUGCGGCGGCGCGUGCGGCGGAGGUGGUGGAGCGGCCGUUUUCGUUUUGCGUGGAGAAGGUGAAGGAGGGGAUUGAAAGGGUCUCAACGGAGGAGUAUGUGAGGUCGGCGAUUGAUUGGCUGGAGGUUUAUAGAGGCAUUCCGGCGACUUGUAAUGGGAAUAGCUUUUAUGUUUCGGCUUGGUGGAAAUUGGCGUUUAGGGAGCUGGAUUUCGGGUUCGGGAAGCCGAUCCACGGUGGUCCGGUGGCAAAUGGGAACGAUGAGUUUGUGCUGUUGCUUUCUCCGGCCAACGGCAGCCGGGGGAGUACAAGUAGUGUCAAUGCUUGGAUCAGUAUGGAGGAGGAGAAGAUGAAGAAGUUCUUGCACCAUGUAUUUGCAAUAUGAUCAAAUUGCCUUGAGUUUCUUUGUCUGUACCUAUAUUUUCUAAGUUUUUUCUUUUAAGAUUUUAAAAACUUGUUCUCUACUAUAGAGAAAUGGUGGGAAAACGGAUAAUCACGUGUAACAUCGAUCAAAAGAUUAAAAACUUGAAUCUCCCGCCUCAAUGUUGGAUAA